GAGCACCGUUGGAUCAUAAAAUUCAAAACAUCGAGAUCUAUAGAGAGAAAGGGCAAAAAGAGAAGAGCGUCUUUCAAAAUUCAAAUCUCAGAAACAAACGCUACCUUCUUCUCCUACCCCGCUCACAAACCAAAAAUCACACUGCAAAUUUCAUUUUUCAGAUCUACCAAAAAAUGUCUGGUAAAGAAAAAGGUGUUAACGUUCAAGUUCUUCUUCGAUGCAGGCCGUUUAGUGAUGACGAGUUACGGAGUAACGCGCCGCAAGUGGUUACUUGCAAUGAUUACAGUAGAGAAGUUGCGGUGUCUCAGAAUAUUGCCGGUAAACACAUCGAUAGGGUUUUCACCUUUGAUAAGGUUUUCGGUCCGUCUGCACAACAAAGGGAACUUUAUGAACAAGCAGUUACACCGAUUGUAAACGAAGUUCUGGAGGGAUUUAAUUGUACCAUAUUUGCUUAUGGUCAAACUGGUACUGGUAAAACAUUUACUAUGGAAGGAGAAUGCAAAAGAUCGAAGAGUGGGCCUAAUGGAGAGUUGCCUCCGGAAGCAGGAGUAAUUCCUAGGGCUGUUAAGCAGAUUUUUGACACACUUGAGAGCCAGAAUGCCGAGUAUAGUGUGAAAGUAACCUUUUUAGAACUGUAUAAUGAGGAGAUUACUGAUUUACUUGCUCCAGAAGAGCUUUCAAAGGUUAGUUUGGAAGAGAAGCAAAAAAAGCAGCUGCCUCUCAUGGAGGAUGGCAAAGGUGGAGUUCUUGUAAGAGGGUUGGAAGAGGAAAUUGUGACGUGUGCUAGUGAGAUUUAUACUCUUCUUGAAAGAGGGUCUUCUAAACGGCGCACUGCAGAAACUUUACUAAACAAACAAUCUAGUCGUUCACAUUCAUUGUUUUCGAUUACAAUCCACAUCAAAGAAGCAACCCCUGAAGGUGAAGAACUAAUUAAGUGUGGUAAACUGAAUUUGGUGGAUCUUGCCGGUUCAGAAAAUAUAUCUCGUUCUGGUGCUAGGGAGGGACGUGCACGAGAAGCUGGAGAAAUUAAUAAAAGUUUGCUUACAUUAGGGCGAGUGAUUAAUGCACUUGUGGAGCACCUUGGUCAUAUCCCUUACAGGGAUAGCAAGCUGACUCGUUUACUCCGUGAUUCACUUGGGGGAAGAACCAAGACAUGCAUUAUAGCGACAGUAUCCCCUGCUGUUCAUUGCUUAGAGGAAACUUUGAGCACAUUGGAUUAUGCACAUAGGGCAAAGAACAUUAGGAAUAAGCCAGAGGUCAACCAAAAAAUGAUGAAAUCAACACUUAUCAAGGAUCUUUAUGGUGAAAUUGACCGCCUUAAGGCCGAGGUUUAUGCUACCCGUGAGAAAAAUGGCGUCUAUAUUCCAAAGGAAAGAUACUAUCAAGAAGAGAUUGAAAAGAAGGCUAUGGCAGAUCAGAUUGAGCAGAUGGGCAUCACAAUAGAAUCUUAUCAGAAGGUUUGUUCAAUUAACAAAAAAUGUAGUCUUAUAUAUGAUGCUAGGCGCCUGUAUGUUGUAUCUGCAAUGCUUAACUUUUUUAUAUGUUUCAACCAGCAACUGGAGGAUAUGAGAAACAAGUAUGAUGAUCAAGUUCGCCAGUGCUCUGAUUUAAGCAACAAACUUGAUACCACCGAGAAAAACUUGAACAAAACUAGCAAGGUUCUUGGCAAUAGAGAGGAAGAAUUGAAAAAGUGUCGCUAUACCCUGAAUGAAAAGGAAUUCAUCAUAUCUGAACAGAGAAAAGCAGAAAAUGCUCUAGCUCAUCAAGCAUGCGUUUUACAAGCUGAUUUAGAAAAAGCUCUUCAGGAUAAUGCCUCAUUAUUUCUGAAAAUUGGCAGAGAAGAUAAACUUAGCUCAGAAAAUAGAGCUGUUGUGAACAAUUAUCAAGCGGAACUUGCCCAGCAGGUUGGUUCUCUUUGCAACGUUGUUGCAACAUCGUUGUCUGAACAGAAUGGACAUCUACAAGGUGUGGAGAAGCUCUGUAAUUCCUUUUUGGGCAUUCAUGACAAGGCGGUUGUUGAUUUGAAAGAGAAAAUGAAAGAAUUGAGGGGGGUGUAUGUGUCGCAUAUUGAGGCAGUGCAAAAUGUUGUGCGUUUGCAUAUGGCAAACUCGGAUGCAUCCUUGGAGGAGUUAUCAUCUGCCAUAUCCUCUCACGGUCAUUCAAUAGAAGAAUUCCUUACUAUCGCGUCCACGGAAGCCGGCUCAAUAUUUGACGAGCUUCAGAGCUGCCUUUCAACACAACAUGGUGAAUUGACACUUUUUGCUAAGGAAGUACGCAAUAGGUUCAAUCUUAGUGUGGAACAAAUAAAGGAGAUAUCUGAGAAAUCUGAAGAAUUAGUGGAAAAGCUUUUUGGAGAAUCAAAAAAGCUUGAGGAUUUUGUAGCACAGGCUGACCAAAUGCAAACAGAUAGCAUUGAAGAGUUUAAGAAAGCUUAUGAGGAGCAAUCAAAAUCUGAGUCAGAGAAACUCAUUGCUGAUAUGACUAGUUUGGUUUCUGAUGUCAUUCGUCGUCAAAAUGAUCUUGUAAACUCAAAGCUUGUUGGUCUUAGAGAAAAUGGUAUAAAGAACAAGUCAUUCUUGGUUGGACACGCGUCAUCAGUGGGAGAAAUUGUCACCAGUGCAAAAAGAAAAUGGCAGUCGUAUACCAUACAAGCAGAAAAAGAAGCAAAAGAUACUGCUGACUAUUCUGCAGCAAAGCAUUGUCGUAUGGAGGUACUCCUGCAGCAAUGUGUUAACACGGCUCAUUCGGCUUUUGGACAAGUGAAGAGGACACAUGAGGCUGUAAAUGAGUUAGGGGCCAAACAUAUUUUUGCGUCAAAUUCACUUAUCAGGAGUGCUUGUGAUAGCAAUGUGCAACAUGUUGCUGAGGUCAAUUCUGCUCGAGCAGCAGCCGAGGAAGAUGUGGCAAAGAACAGUGACGAUUUUCUUAAGCAGUUUGAUGCCACAUCUGCAGAAGAACGUGAGUCUGUAUGUAGCGUCGUAAAUGUUGUGAAAAGCCAUGCAUAUACACUUGAUAAGUUCAGGGAGGAUCAUGCUGGACAAGCUACUUCCAUUGAACAUAGGGCAUGCGAGACUUUCCAGCAGGAGUAUAUGGACUAUGAGCCUAGUGGUACAACGCCGAUAAGAUGUGAGCCUGAGGUUCCGAGUAAAGGUACAAUUGACUCUCUUCGAACGUUGCCAAUCGAAACCCUUCUUGAGGAAUUCCGGGAAAAUAAUUCAUAUGAAUCUUCUUCUGAUGUAAAGGAGUUGAAACCAUCACUUAUUCCACGCUCUCCUCUCACCCAAUUGAAUUAAUGAAUGGUGGAAACAACUUGCUCAGUUGUCUGUUGUGGAAUCAAAUUUGUAUCAUUAUUUGUAACAUCAAAAUGUUUUCUUACCAGUUUAAAUAUUUUUGAAGCAUGCAAAAUCUGGUAAUAGGAUGUAUUGUAAUAUCUAAGGUAAAGUACUCGUGUCUAAAUCCCAUCUUGGGAUGAAAUAUAGCUCAAAUAAUAGUUAUUUUUGGUA